UUCGUCGUUCACUGAUUCAAUUCAACUCACGUUGUCGUUUUGAUAACUCAUACAAACAAAACGCACCAACACCAAAUUUCUCCUUUCGGAACUUCCGCAACCAUUCUCCGGUCAAAUUCCCGCCGUUUCUUCAACCUCCGCCAUCACCUCCGAUUCUCCGACCACCGCACAAGGAGUAGAAAAAUUGUGAAGAAUGAGUAACGUGUUUGAGGGAUACGAACGUCAGUACUGUGAGCUUUCUGCUAAUUUGUCAAAAAAAUGUACUGCAGCUACAGCUCUUAAUGGAGAGCAAAAGAAGCAAAAAGUUUCGGAAGUAAAGUCUGGAAUUGAUGAAGCAGAGGCUUUGAUUCGAAAAAUGGACCUUGAGGCAAGAAGUAUGCAGCCAAAUAUCAAGGGUGUACUUCUUGCUAAGUUGCGGGAGUAUAAAUCAGAUCUAAACAACCUUAAAAGUGAAGUUAAGAAAAUUGUAUCUGGAAACUUGAAUCCUUCUGCACGGGAUGAGUUGUUGGAAUCAGGCAUGGCAGAUACUAUGACGGCAUCAGCUGAUCAGAGAACAAGAUUAAUGACAUCAACUGAGAGGUUGAACAAGACUGGUGAACGAGUUAAAGAUAGCAGGAGAACAAUGUUGGAAACCGAAGAGCUAGGUGUUUCUAUUCUCCAAGAUUUGCAUUCACAGCGACAAUCUCUAUUGCAUGCUCAUAACACGCUUCAUGGCGUGGAUGAUAACAUAGGCAAGAGCAAGAAAAUUAUGACAAACAUGUCUAGAAGGAUGAACAAGAACAAGUGGAUCAUUGGCUGCAUUGUGCUCGUCCUGGUUGUUGCUAUCAUUGCAAUCCUAUACUUCAAACUUGUUAAAUAGUCAAAAGGCCUACUUGUCCUCGUAUUGGUUCAUAAAUAUCAUAAGAUACAAUGAUUUUUUUGGGUUUUCUUUUUCUUAUUCUGAUUUGCGAGUGAGCAGAAAAAGAUGUUGCAUUGUGCAGUGCUGCAAGUUAACUUGACAAUGUUGGCUUCUUUGAAGGGACACCAAUGGCAUGUGUCUUAUGUCGGGUUUGCAAUGUAUGAAAUUUGUAUUCUUUUUGACCGGCUGUUGCAAGAUUCUAGUUAAACACCCAGAUUCUUUGUGGUUAUGUUGUUUGAGUUCAAACGAUAUUUGUAUGUUCCUCUAUAUGAGUAAUUAAUGUUGUUAUUGAAUGUAACUAACCUGCAUUCUUCUAUU